CGACAACGACGCGCGGCAUUCCAGCGACAGCGACACCGUGUCCAUCUGCAGCACCGCAUCGGGGCGACGCGAUACAACGUCGGACUAGUCGGCUUGUCACUGCCAUUGCCGGUGCACGAUGUCGAAUGAGGAGGAGACCGCUAUACCGAGCGUGAUAUACGAUGCGAACACCGGCAAGAGUUAUAUGAAGGGCCGAUUUUUCGGGAAGGGUGGUUUUGCAAAAUGUUACGAGAUCACAGAAUCGAAAUCACAUCAUGUCUUUGCUGGGAAAAUCGUACCAAAAUCGCUGAUGGCAAAAAGCAAUCAGCGAGAGAAAAUGACACAAGAGAUUGCGAUUCAUCAGACCCUAAAUCAUAGACAUAUCGUUGGCUUUCAUGGUUUCUUUGAUGAUAGCAAUAACAUCUAUAUCAUCUUGGAAUUAUGCCGUAAGAGGUCAAUGAUGGAGUUACAUAAACGCAGGAAAGCGCUAUCGGAAUGUGAGACUCGAUACUUUAUGAAACAGAUCCUAGAUGGGGUUUACCUUCAUCAACACAGAAUAAUUCACAGGGAUUUAAAGUUAGGCAAUCUGUUUUUAAACGACGAGUUGCAAGUCAAAAUUGGUGAUUUCGGAUUAGCUACCAGAUUAGAGCACGAUGGCGAACGAAAAAAGACUGUCUGUGGUACUCCGAAUUACAUCGCGCCAGAAGUACUCACGAAGGUCGGACACUCUUAUGAGGCCGAUGUAUGGUCUAUUGGUUGCAUAAUGUAUACUUUACUUGUGGGCAAGCCACCUUUUGAAACAUCGAGCCUGAAAGAAACAUAUUCCAGGAUCAAACAAGUGCAGUAUAAAACACCGCAGUAUAUCAGUAAACCCGCUAUGAAUAUGGUGGCGAAUAUGUUACAACUGAACCCUUCAAAACGUCCGUCUGUGGCCAAAUUGAUGAAAGAUAUCUUCUUCACUUCUGGAUACAUGCCAACAAGUUUGCCGCUCUCAUGUCUAACAAUGGCACCGCGUUUAGACAUGCUGGAAUCACACUGCAAUCGCAAACCGCUUGGUGAGAUGAAUCUUAACGGUUACUCAGAGCAAGAAAUUCUCGCUUGCCGAGUGCCGAACAGUCCAUCCCGAAAAACUAAGUCCAAUAAUGAAAUUAUUGAGCCGCAAAGAGUCAGCCAUGAUAUCAGGAAGAUGCUUCAUACAUUAAAAGAUCAGUUGGCUGCUGUGCUGAAAGCUAAACCUGCGAGGGAAAUAGCUUCCUCAGCAGAUGAGUUGACUGAUCCGGCGGCGCAACCUGUAAUCUGGAUCAGCAAAUGGGUGGACUACUCGGAUAAAUAUGGCUUCGGAUAUCAAUUAUCUGACGAUGGCGUCGGCGUGAUGUACAACGACGGCACGCGGUUGAUCAUGCUGGCGAAUGGUUACAACAUUCACUAUAUCAAUCGCGAGGGCGACGAGUUGUACUACACGGUCAAGGAAUAUCCAGCCAAUCUCGAGAAAAAAAUGAAACUGAUGAACUUCUUUUUGAAAUACAUGAAUGAGCACUUGAUGAAGGCAGGUGGCUCUAUCGCAGUGAAACAGAGUGACUCCCUCUCCAGAAUACCCUAUAUGCACCAAUGGUUCAGGACCCAAACGGCCGUGGUAAUGCAAUUGACCAAUGGCACAGUGCAAAUUAACUUCUUGGACCACACGAAGAUCAUUAUGUGUCCGUUGAUGGCGGCGGUUACUUACAUCGAUCACGACAAGAACUUCAGGACUUAUAGAUUCCAGACUAUUCAAGAAAGUGGUUGUUGUAAAGGAUUGGCGAAGAAUCUAAUGUAUGCGUAUGAGAAGAUCGGGUUGAUGCUGACAAAUCCUCAAACCCGAUAAAAUUCUGGUGCCGAGGAAAAAAUGAAAGAUUGAGAAAGAGAAAAGAGAAACACCGAGUGCUGCAUCUCUGGCACUAUAAAUUAAGUUUAGGGAAACGCUACGUAUAUAUUUAUUUUUUAAUAACAUCUAUCUUUGUAGCGAGCGAGCAAGCGAGAGAGAAAGAGAGAGAGAGAAAUGAGUGAUCAUAUAUGAUUCUCUUCUUUCACCCAAUUUUUGUACAGACUAUAUAGAAUUUUGCUAGGCAAUCUUUUUUCUCUUUUUUUUUAUCAUUUAUGAAAGAAAGAUUUAGAGAGAGGGACCAAUCGCGCAACGAAGGUGAGAUGCUUCGCGAGAAAGUGUAUUAUUAUGCCAUUCUUCGUACAAAUAUAACUUAAAAUUGAUUGGAUGUCAUCGAUCUGCCAUCCAUUUCCAAAAAUUAUAAUUCCAUUUCAAAAUUAUAAUUCCAAAAAUCUCAACUUCAAUUAAUAUUUAAGACUAUAAAGUGAAACUUCCUUGUUCAUACAUCAUGUCUCUGACAUGAUUUUCCUCCAAAUUGUCCAUUCCUACCGGGGAUUUUGCGAAACUUCUAAUCUUCGUUAAUCUCCAUAACGACUGCCUGAAAGGUAUUUUGCUCUGACUUUGCGAGUGAAUCUGAUUAUGAGACUCCCGUAUCGUAGAAAAAAAAAACAAGAAGAAAAGAGGAAGAACGGGGCGGGGGCUCGGGAUAAUCAUGAUUCGACUAAGUGGUGCAAUUUCGUCGUAACUGAGAUGAGAAAAUCGCAAAAGCUAGUCUUCUGACUGAUGCAGUAUGUUUCUUCCUUCUGAAGAUUUGCUGAGAGCUGCGAGCCCGUUCGAAGCAGUGCGAUUUAGAUUUACGAACGAUUGUUAAUCUCCGAUAGAUUGUUAAAAAUUAACGAUAAUUAUUAAAAUUCUAGUAAUAAUGCUGUGCGGAUUUAAAGAUGUUAUUAAAAAAAUAUUGCUUGAGGACUUCAAAACUAUUUCAAGACUAUUUCAAAACACUUUUGUAACGACUUAUUUAAAACUUAACUUCUUUUAGUUGUGACGUAUCGGUAAUCGAGAGUAUAUUUACUAUUUCAAGAAAUAUAGGAAUGAAUAACAUACGAUUAAACUACACAUCGUGUUUAUUUUUUUUUUUGCUUUUUUGAUUGUUUCAUUUACAGAUACUUCACGGAUCUGACAAAAACUGUUUUUUCUCAUAUUUGUUUUUCUUGUACAGUAUGACGGAAAACAUAGAGAUAUUAUAUUUUGGAAAAUUAUGAUCUCUAGUUUUUUGACAGCAAUACUUUAAAUUGAAAAUGAAAGAUAUCCUGUAAAGAAAAUAUUUUUGAAAUUUAUAUUGCAAAAAAUUUUUACUUUUACGUAAGUACAAGAAAUAAGCAUAUAUAAACACGUUAUUUUUCAAUUUGUAGAAACUCGCUAAUUAGGUAUCAAAUAGCAACUCCGCCUUUGUAAAAA